UUCACAUUAUUGCAAUAACUAGCUACAAUAAUAAACUAUCCAAACAAUGAGUAGUUAAGGAAGUGUUGCGAGGGACUUUGUAAUUUACUGAAAUAAUACGUUUUCUCUGAGCCGUAGUUAACGUUAGCUGUUCAAAAUCCUUGUUUUGAACGCUAGCUAGCCAGCCAAGCUAGCUAACAUCAUGCAUGGCUAACGGGGCAAUUCGGAGUACAAUGCAUUUCUCAUUCCUGGAUUGAGGUCCAUUUUCCGAGGUGUCUUAAUCUACACAGGAAGCCUGUUCGCGGAUCUACUGGCAACAAGCAACUAGCCAAUGACGAUAUAUUUGUCUCUUCCUCUGUGUUUUAGCUGCAUCAACGAUGGUGGAAUAAAUAUAUGCUGCAAUUCAGUUGUCAUGGAAUAGUUAACAUUAGUAGUUAACAAGUUGGUUAACUACCGUUUUCUAGUACCUACUAUGUCUAUCUAGCUAACAUUUUUUGAAUUGUCUUUCUCAAUCUCCCCCAGACAACAUGGCAGAGGACAUCCAUGUGGAAGACUACCCUACUGAGAUUGAGGAGCAGCUCACAGGGUUUGAGUCGUCAGUCGGUGCUGUCAACAACAUGGUGCAGACCGUCAUAUCGAUGCCAAGAAAUGAGCUGGUACAACGGCUGGAUCCUCUGGAACAAGCCAAGCUGGACCUAAUGUCUGCAUAUAGCCCCAACUCUCUUUUCUGGAUGUACUUGGUCACACAAGGAAUAAACCCCAAAGAACAUGGAAUCAAGCAAGAGUUGGAGAGGAUCAGGAUGUAUAUGAACUGUGUAAAGGAGAUCACUGACAGGAGGAAAGCGGCCCGUCUCAACAAAGCAGCGGCGUCUCGCUUCCUCAGGAACGCCCUGUGGAAACUUGAGGAAAGGGCGUCAAAGGGCAUGCCAGGUUGUGCCCCCCAGGACAAGCCAGGUCUUGCCCCCCAGGACACGCCAGGUCGGGGCAAGCAUACACCAGGUCGUGCCCCCCAGCACACGCCAAGUGGUGCCCCCCACGACACGCCAGGUCGUGCCCCCCAGGACACGCCAGGUCGGGGCAAGCAUACACCAGGUCGGGGCAAGCAUACACCAGGUCGGGGCAAGCAUACACCAGGUCGGGGCAAGCAUACACCAGGUCGGGGCAAGCAUACACCAGGUCGGGGCAAGCAUACACCAGGUCGGGGCAAGCAUACACCAGGUCGGGGCAAGUACAAAAGCUUUGAUGGUCAUCAGUCAAAAGGACCCAAACUCAGCUGAGAGGAAGUGAUGCAACAGCAGGGGCUGGUUCCUCGCUGGCCUCGACCACGUUUCCUUCACCCCCCUUUUCUAUCUGAAAGGACUGAAUAGGAGAACGCAGAGCAUUGUAACUUAUUAAUGCGGACUGUUGGAGAGGGCAAGUGACUGAGUCACUGUUGUUUUUGUAAUGCACACAAAUGUUUUUUGAACAGAUAGAAGUUUACAAAUGUUUUAUUGUUUAAUUGACAGUCUAUGGAUUUCAGUAAUACAAUCAUUUGGAGGAAAAGGCAGGAAAUACAUUUUUUUUUAAAGAAGUCAUCGUAACAUCAGACAAAAUGUCUGCCAGUACCAACCCUAUUACGUUUGAACUGGAUUUAUACAUUAGUUUUAUUUAGACAUCAAAACUUGUUUUAUUUUGUCUGCUGUAAUUAAAAAUGCCUGUCUGGUGAUGGAGAUCAGACAUGUCACCAUGUUUAGAGACUAGAUGAUUGACUUUGGUUGGUGAUUACUGUCUGUCUGUAUUGGAUCCAUUUUGUAUCUGUCAACUUCAAUGAACAACUUACUAUUAA